AUGGAAUUCGACUGCCUCAGGAUAGCUGCCAUGACUUGGGCCACUCCCGAGGACCGUUCCCAGAAAGACCAGUGUCGUCAGUUCGAUCCGGUCAGUGGGCCAUUCAGCAUGAACAACGAGCGCAGUAAUGAAGGGUCCGUUUAUUCGGUCGGAAGCCAGAACCACCUGGUGCCGAUAAGAUCUAGGAAAACCUUCUUCAAGAAGAGAAGUCAGAUUUCCAAUUCAUCACUGAUAAUUCUUUACAUUUUGGUGGGUGCUUUGUUUAUAACGGUUGUGGUACUCGCUGUACUUUAUGCGCGUAAAAAUAUGAUGGAAAUAUGUGACAGCGAGGAUUGCGUGCGAAUAGCUGCUAGUUUGAAGGAAUCUAUGAACGAGUCUGUAGAUCCUUGCAACGAUUUUUAUCAGUAUGCGUGUGGUAGAUGGCCGCAGGAGCAUCCUAUUCCGGAUUCCAGCCUGACAAAUUCCUGGUUCAGCGAGCGCAGUGGUCGCAUGUACAGAAAGAUCAGAGAUCUGCUAAAAGUCAAUAUGUCUGCAAGUGAGGUACCAUGGGCAGUGAUGCAGGCCAAGACUCUAUUCACCAGCUGUUUGAACUUGUAUACCAUGAAUGAACAGUCCAUGAACGAUCUGUCUCCAUUGUUCGACUUGUUGAAGUUAUUAAAUUUACCAAUGGUACCGUUUGUUACCAAUAAAACGACUAAUUACAUCGAACAACUUGCCAGCGUAAAGAGAACUUUGGGCUAUGAUAUUUUCUUUGGCUUUGAGGUCAUACCCGAUCCAAGAAACAAGAGUAAGAACAUACUUUAUUUCCACCUACCGAUUCGUUCCAAUCCUUUUCUCACUGAUCAAGAAUUAGAGAAGCGGCUGCAAACCAUUAGAUCGCGAUUGCGAAAAUUAGAUGAGUUAGAUGACGAAGCCAUGUUGAGCGAGGACGAAGAUGCCGAAUUUACCUACAUGGCAGAUGUUAUUAAAUACGUCAUUAACAAUGGUACUGAUGAUAAAUGCACCUCAGAUGAAUCGGUAUAUGAAGAUGAAGAAUUGGAAGAAUUUGUUAAGGGGGUUUACAAUAUUAGCAAUCUUUUCUAUUACAUGGUUCGUGCAGAUCGAAAUCAUAGUAUUUCCAUAGAAAACUUAAGCGAUAGUGAUUAUAUGCUAAUAGACGAUCUACAACAAUUGACAGACGAUUAUAUAAUAGAUAGUAAUUUAUCUCUCACGCCUACACCAAUUUGGCGGCCCUUUAUUGAAUCCAUUUUUGAGGGAAUCGUUAAAUUGGAUCUUGAUAACAAUGACAAAGUCCUCGUUGGUAAUCUGGAGUAUUUGAAAGAUGCUGCAUUACUAUUAGCUUGUUUUGAGGAAGAAGCUCUAGAAAGCUACAUUUGGUGGACCAUUGUGGACCUUGUAGUGCCUCACUCCACCGAAAGGCUCAGGGAUAUUUGGAACAAAUACGUUAGAAAGGUAACAGACGUGGAAGUUAUAGGCGAAUCAAAAUCGUUAGUCUGUGCAUCAGUUGUCAAUAAAUUAAUGGGAAUGGCUGUAUCGUGGCUGUUCGUAGAUCCGACAUUUCACGAUAAUAAGAUUAACAAAGUAGAAGAAAUGCUAGAGGAUAUAAGAGAGGCAUUUGCUUCACUUGUCGCUAAAACGAGUUGGAUGGAUCAAUCGACUAAAACGGCAACACUUAAAAAAAGCAAAAAGAUGGAAUACGAAAUUGGAUUUCCUACGUGGCUUUUUGACGAGGAGAUGCUUGAUGAGUAUUACGAAGGCAUAGACCUAACGGAAACAAAAUACCUGGCGAAUAUGGUACAAAUCGUUCAAGUGCAUUUGAAUAACACGUGGGCAAGCCUACACGACUAUAAUAUGUUCAACGAGUCAUAUUGGGCAACUGAUCCUACUGAUGUAAACGCAUUUCACACCUUUCAACUUAAUCAUAUAACUAUUCCUGCUGGAAUUCUUCAAUUCCCAUUUUAUGAAUUGGGUCUUGAGGCUUUAAAUUAUGGUGCCAUCGGCACAAUACUUGGACAUGAAUUAACUCACGGAUUCGACACUAACGGUCGGCUUUAUGACAGCGACGGAAAUCUUCGUCAAUGGUGGACCAAUGAAACCAUCUCAGAAUAUUCGGACAGAACUCAGUGUUUCAUAGAUCAUUAUAGCACUUAUUACGAAGACGAGGCAAGUCUAGUCGACGAUUACAUCGACGGUGAACUGACCUUGGGAGAAAAUAUCGCCGAUAAUGGUGGCCUUCACGAAGCUGUCGUCGCCUACAAGAGAUGGAAGGCUCGGCACGGUCGUGAGGCUUUACUUCCGGGAUUCACGCAAUUUACGCACGAACAGUUACUUUUUCUUUCUUUUGCGCACUUAUGGUGCGAGUCUUAUACUGCUAAGUCAUUAAAGUGGAUGAUGGAAGAUUCUCAUUGUCCCGGCCAUGUGAGACUUCGAGCUGUACUAAGAAAUUCUAAAGAAUUUAGUUCUGCGUGGAAUUGUCCAGCAGGAUCAACCAUGAAUCCAUCGAAAAAGUGUCGUUUGUGGUAAAACUUUGACAAAGACAAUGUUUGCUAUUUAAUACUGUUGAUUGAUCAAAUAUUUAUAAUUUAUAAAAUCAGUAAGCUCACGUG